AUGACCUUCGAAUUCAACAACGGCGGGGGUGAUGCCUAUCUGGAUCUGACCUACGACCACCGGGAUCGCGCUGCCUACCAGUCAUACUCGACCGCCACAACCCACUCGAGUCCUUCGGCCGCCUCCAAUAUCAUGCCCAACAACGCUCGCAACUGGGCCGUUCCGCUCGACAUGGCCUCCAACAACUCUCACGGCCAUGCCUCGCUCAGUCCCGAGGAGCAUCAGUCUUCACCUCUUUCCCAGUCCGCCAGCCCGCACAGCCAGCACUCGCCACUACAACAGUCGCCUUUCCAGCCGACCGCGAACCCCUUGACCGACUGGGCUCUUCAGCAACAGCAGCAGCAACUGGCUGCUCCUGACAUGACCCAGUUCAUUCAAGAUGCCGCCCUCAUGAGCUUCACCCCAUUCCCCACCAGCUUCCAGUCGCCCAACCCCCUCGACUAUCUUCCUCCGACGACCCAGGCCGCUCUGCAGGCCAAUCUACUUGAGUCGACAUUCAGCGCCAUGCCUACCAUGGACGACCCUACGCAAGCAGUUCAAUGGCCGAGCACCGGAAUGGAGAAUUGGCAGGAGUUCCAGAGCACUCUGCAGAUGGAUGGUAUGCCUCGUCUCGACAGUGUUGGAAGCAACUCUCCUACUGGCACCUAUUUGGAGGUGCUGUCCCUUCCUUCGUCCUCAGGUGAAGGCUGGGCCAUGGUGGACUGGAAUCAGCCCAACUUUGACCAGUUCCAGCAGGCUCACGCUCAGGGCGCCGCUAUCUUCAACCCCUCCCAGACCCUCCACCUGAGGACCAACUCGGACUCUUCUGAUGGCGCCAAUUCCAUGGAAUUUGGCAGCUUUGAGGAGAUCGCACCAUUCCCCUACUCUCCCUUCUCCCCCGAGUCCGACGGAUAUGUCGACGCUGGUAACCACCGUAACUGCUUCGCUGGUGAUGGCCACAACCACAACCACGAUACCGUCGCCCCUGCCCCCGCUCCCGUGGCUCCCGCGCCUAUCAAGUCGGAGCCUUCGUCAAGCCGUCACAGCCCUGGCAGCGGCGCCGGAUCGACCUCUCCCCCUAGCAGCACCACCCGCAGGAACUCGGGUCCUCGCAAGAGCCCCAUUGCCAAGGCCACCAAGCCCGUUGUCCGCCGCAUCUCCAACGGUAAGAAGGACGGUACUGUUGAGAAGAAGGUUGGCCGCAGAAAGGGACCCCUCUUGCCUGAGCAGCGAAAGCAAGCCAGCGAGAUAAGAAAGCUGCGAGCUUGCCUGCGAUGCAAGUUCCUCAAGAAGACGUGUGACAAGGGAGAGCCUUGCGCCGGUUGCCAGCCUUCGCACGCUCGCCUCUGGCAGGUUCCUUGCACUCGCAUCGAUAUCAAGGAUAUUGGCUACUUCAUGAAGGACUGGAAAGCCGACUACGAGAGGCACAUGGACCGUGGCGUGUCUGUCUACAACGUCAAGGGUUUCGCCCAGAAGGAGACUCUCAUGUGGAUCACCCACGGCUACGGUUUCGCUCUCCCUGUCAUGGUUCGCGAGGUCUUUGUCGCCGACGACAGCUGCUUCUCGGUUGACUGGGUUGAGUCUACCCUGACCGACCAGGAGCCUAUUGACUUUGAGACCCGCACCGAGAAGCUCGAUGUUGGAGCCGAGGGUAUCCGUCUCGAUGCUCUCUCCGAGUACCUCGACAAGCACAUUGAUGGCCCCUUUGAGGACUUCAUUGAUGACCACUUCGAGGGCACUCCCUUCAUCACUGAGAUCCUCAAGACUGCUCACCGCUACUACGUCAAGGAGAAGAUGCCCGUCAUCCGCAAGGCUCUCAAGCUUGUCCUUGCCUACAACCUCACUAUGCACAUCACCAUGGUUGAGAACCAAGGAUCUGAGGUCAACCUGGACGGACAGAUCGACGAUGAGGACUCCAAGUACUACGGCCGCACCGUCGCUCCCGUCAUGAUCAACUUCCAGAUCAAGUGUGCCCUUGCCGACAUGUGGCGUGAGCUCCAGAAGGACAUUCUUGAGGAGCUCUCUGCCCUGUACUCUGGUGUCUACAGCGGUGAGAAGAUGAAGAACUGGCCUACCAUCUUCAUGAUUGCCUCCAUCCUGCUUGCUGUCUGGGAGGAGAUGCAGUUUGACUGCCACUACCGCGUCCCCGACCCCGUCGCCGUGAACAAGUUCUGCACCGACAUGGAGACCACUCCUGUUGGUGUGAUUGUGGGUCUCUUCCACGCCAUCUCCCAGAAGCUCCCUGCCUUCACCGAUUGGGACACCCGCAAGCACGGCCACCUGCUUCACAACAACGUCUCCGUCUGCGAGGCUAUGACUGAAGUGCGACAGCAUGUCAUCAAGCACGAGGCCUAUCUCCGUACCCGCAAGGAGUCCAAGUUUGACCGAUACGACUUUGACUCCCUGUCCAACAAGUUCCUAUCUAAGCUUGUCAUCCGGGCCAACUAGAUUCCUCACCUGACAAAUACUGCUGUCGCAAGACAUGAACGGGCCCCAUUGUGGCGCCCGCCCUUUCCUUUGUUUGCAUUUGUUUUGAUCACAGCGAUAGCGUUGGCAAGAUUUCUUCAAUCUUGGUCGACAGCGACCUCCAGAAUUGUCCUUUCAAGCAUACGAAACACGACUUUAACCUUCUCUCACGGCUGGUCACCGCCUCAACAACAACACGAAGUUACCUGACACGGGAAGAUGUGUUACGACCUUCUUAUGACUUUCUUCUACGAAUGUAUGACUUGAAGAAGACAGCGUUUUAGUUCUUUUACAACAUUUUUUUUUUUGCUCUUGAGAGAGGGGGGAGACGUAUCACGCAGACGAGCGCAUCCCACCCUUCUGCGGUGUUUUUAUGGGAUCAUGUUUGACGAUGAGGCAUUUGAGGAAAUGACAGAUAUUGCAUGGCUAUGUAUGAGCCUACAUGAAGAGGGAGGUGCUCGUGAAAUUACUAGGGCGUUGGUGAGCUCAAGUGGGCAGGACCUUCGACACAGGGCAGCAGAGCGGAGCGGACAUUGUUUUACUUGCGUGUUUGAUAACGGGAUUUGGGAUAGUUACAAAAAACGGCUCAUAUUGCUAGGCAAGUGCUGUAGCGCUGCCACGAGAAUAUUGAAUUUUACAGUUCCCAGCUCUCAGUCUCCCUCGACUUUGUCGAUUAUGAAGGUGACUGAAGUGAAGGGAGGAUUUACG